GUAUUAGUAUAUGAUUACAACAAAAACAAAGUUAACCAGUUCAGUAUUUAAUUUGGAUUUGAUUAUUAUUUGUAAAUUAUUUUUAAAUAAAUAUUUUCAUUUCUCAUUUUAAAAUGCUUUACUUAAUCAUUUGGCAUAAAUAUACUAAUAUUAAUGAUUAAACUAAUUUUGAUGUAUUAUUGUUUUCCUAUGAUGUUAUAUAAUUUUAUGUACUUAAGAUUUAACUAAUUAAAAUAAUAUUGUAAUUUAUAAAAUGUUUCUAAUAGCCAAAAAAGAAUCAAUUUGUAUAAUAUAGAAAUAAAAAUAUAUCCACAAUAUAUUGGAAAUAACUCUCCUCGACCUCCUAGAUAAAAUAAGCUUCUCUUGAAGCUCUGCUUUCACAUUUGGAGAUCGUUUCGUCAAAACAUGGCGUUCCAAUCUGGGUUUUAUCCUCUCUCGACGACUCCUUCUCCUACCAAUGUCGUCGAACGGAUGAAAGGCGCUUGUCAUCUCCUCGUCUCCGCUGUUCUUGGUACCAUUAUCUCCGCAAACUUGAUCUUCUUCUUCGCACUAGUGGGCACGUUGUUAGGGGCAUUUACGGGAGCUUUGAUAGGCCAAGAAACAGAGAGUGGGUUCAUCAGGGGAGCAGAGAUUGGAGCCUUUUAUGGAGCUGUUCUCUCCAUCGAGGUUUUUCAAUCAUCGAUCCAUCUUUGGAGAUCCGACGAGUCGUGCCUUGUCUACUUGCAUGAUGUCGUUGUUAGUCUUCUAAGCGGGAGACUCGUACGGGAGCGCAUAGGUCCUGCUAUACGGCAGCGUAUAAGUCUACUCGAGAUAGGAGGCUCAACGUUGACAAUCACUGGCAACAAUAACACCCAUGGUUCUGAGAACGGAGAAUCCUGUUCCAUUUGUCUUCAGGAUUACCAACUUGGUGAAAUAGUUAGAAUCUUGCCUAAUUGUCGUCACAUGUUUCAUUUACCUUGUAUUGACAGUUGGUUCCUUGAGCACCGUUCUUGUCCAUUAUGUAGACGUGACUUUUAACUCUCUCUCUCUCUCUUCGUAACUUUCUUGUAACUUGCAGUUUCUUUUUUUUUGUUGUUGCUUAUAACAGUUGCCUUUUACAUCCC